AUGAACUCGACCAACAAACGAAAAGAAGCUGUCACGUCGAAGGAGAAGCCUGUUACGAAGAAAAAAUUCUCGCAGGGCCGUAAACGUUGGAACAAGAGGCUUAAGUUGGAACACAAACAAAACGAUCAAGAAUCAGAAGAUAACGACGUAUUCCCUAUCACCGAGACCAAUAUAGUUUUUAAUUCAUUAAAGGUUGCUCAGUAUUUUGGCAACGCGCCGUACCCAAUAUGCUACCCGGGAUUGUCGAAUCUCGAUAAAGUGUAUAAUUUGGAAAAAGAGUGGACUAGCGUUCCCAUCUCUUCCUGGGAUCGUGUAUCUACUAAAGAAAAUAAAAUUUUGGUGGAUAUUUCAUCACGAGAUAUACUGAUCGAAGCGUUAAUUAGGGAAGCGAGAUCUGGCGAUACCGACUAUUUAGGCCUUACCGAAAUUCCUCCAGAUUUCCUCUC